AUGAGUGAGUUCUCGGAGUCCACAUUGAAAAAUUUCAAAACGAUCAUAAUCGGUCGUACGAGCGUCGGCAAGAGUACUCUUCUGCUGCGUUAUGUCGACGGCGACUACAACCCGCAGCGACCAACCGUCGGCGUGGACUACAGAUUCAAGAAGGUGGUCCACGAGGGCAGCGAGUUCAACCUGGAGCUCUGGGAUUCGGCCGGCCAGGAGAGGUACAGGACCAUCGUUUACAACUACUUCACGCUGUCGAAGGCGGCAGUGGUGGUCUUUGACCUUACUGAUGAAUCCUCACUUGUGGAUGCCAGGACUUGGAUGCAGCAAUUGGUCCUCCACUGCGGAUCCGACAUCCCUAUCGUGCUGCUGGGCAACAAGAGCGACCUUAUCCCCCGCGGCUAG